AUGAGGCUGAUAUUGCUCACCUUAUUCUUGAUUGCCGCUGUCGAUGGAGGCAUUGUAGACAAAGUGAAAGGAGUGUUCUCUGGUGAAGGCAGUUUCGGACAGAAACUAAAGAAUGCAACUAUCGUUGGAUUCAAGAAGCUCUUCGAAAACACGGCACUGUUCAAAAUCCGCGACAAGAUCAGAAGUAUGAAGGACAAGGUUUUGAAGACAUUGGAGUUAACACCAAAAAUGAUGAAAUCGCUCGAGGAAAGGUUGAAGAGAUUGCGACCCAUCAAGAAGGAUAAAGUCGCAGAGAAAGGAGACUCCAUCACUGAGGUCAACGAAUACAGUCAGGUUGGACAGGAUCUCUACCAGAGCGACAUGGUGCUAACAGAGGAGCAAGCCGAGGAGAUUGUGCAAGAUAUAGAAGAUGAGGUUGCCGGUGAAAAUCGCGCAAAACGCCAAGCGUUCAAGGAUCAUAGAUAUCCAAAUAUGUUAUGGUCAGAAGGAGUGAAUUAUUACUUCCAUAAGCUCGCAAGUAUGUGUAAAAAUGUAGCGCUUGUUGGAAAUGGGCAAAAUACAAACAAUGUGAUCAUUGAAGGCAGGCAGAUGAGAAGUUCGUUUGAAAAAGGAGCGAAGCUAUGGGAACAGGAUACUUGCAUCAAUUUCACACGGAACCCAUUCGCCAAAGAUCGCAUCAUGGUAUUCCCGGAAGAUGGAUGUUGGUCUUACGUGGGAAAGCUCGGCGGUGAACAGAAACUGUCGCUGGGACGUGGUUGUGAAACGGUAUCUAUCGCUGCGCACGAGCUUGGUCAUGCUCUUGGAUUCUUUCCAUACAAUGUCCCGACACGAUCAGAAAUGAGGAAUACUCGAAAUCGUGGAGAGUGGUACUUUCAGGUAGACUGGCUUAGUCAAUUCAAUAAAGAAACAACGAAAACCAACGACAAUUACAACAUGACAUACGACUACGGCAGCAUUAUGCACUACGGCGGAACUAGUGCAUCGUUCAACAAAAAGCCAACAAUGGUUCCGUUCGAUAUCGACUAUCAGCAAACCCUUGGGUCUCCAUUCAUUUCAUUCAUCGAACUUUCAAUGCUCAAUGAACACUAUGGAUGCAAAGGUUUGACAGCCAGCUUCAAAACACCUUUUCACAGAUAUCGCGUUCGCAGAUGCUGA